ACGACACUCCCUCUCACCCAACACCACAAUCAAUUUUGACAAUAUAUCUUCUUGUGCGAUCGCAUAAAUUUCUAGUUGCCCAUCAUGAGCAAAAUGUGGGAGGUGGAUCCGGAGACACGGAGCAAGUUGCUGGAAAUCCAAAAGACAAACGACAACAACAAGUGUGUCGACUGUAAUGCGCCCAGUCCACAAUGGGCCUCGCCCAAACUCGGUAUCUUCAUGUGUCUCUCCUGCUCCGGCGUCCAUCGCGGUCUAGGUGUCCACAUCUCCUUCAUCCGCAGCAUUACCAUGGAUGCUUUCAAAGGCUCAGAACUGGUGCGCAUGGCUGCUGGCGGCAACAAACCCUUCCAAGACUUCUUCAACAGCCACGAGUCGAACACGAAAGAAGGACGCACAUUCGAGUCGUCAACCAUACAAGAGCGAUACGAUUCAGAGGCGGGCGAUGAGUGGAAGGAGAGGCUUAGCUGCAAAGUUGAGAACAGGGAGUUUGACAAGAGCAACCUGCCUAAGCGGUUACCGAAAAAGGAGAAUGCUUCUACAGCUGGUGCAGGUGCGCCAUUGAGUGGACGAGCCAGCGCAGCAGGGAGCAGAAGUCAGACGCCUUUGGGCAAGGCACGAGGUAGUGAUGCAGGCUUUCAGCGGUCAGGAUCACCCGCCCUAGGUACAAACGCCAUGUCGCAAAAAUCCAAGAACGAAGCCUACUUUGCGAAGAUGGGCCAAGAAAAUGCUAAUAGGCCGGAGGGCAUUGCGCCCAACCAGGGAGGAAAAUACGGUGGCUUCGGCAGCGAGCCGGAUUCGUGGAAGAAGGACGAUGAGCCUGGUGCGCCGCCUGCGCUUGAUGACUUCCAGAAGGACCCGGUUGCUGCGCUUACCAAAGGUUUUGGAUGGUUGGGCGCCAGCGUAAGCAAAGUAGGCAAAACAGGCUAUGAAGGCUGGGUGAAGCCCGGAAUGGCAAAGCUUGCCGAAGCUGACCUCGCAGCUCAAGCCCGGAGCACCGCCGGCACCCUAGGCCAGACCCUCCAAUCUGGCGUCGCAACUGCUAAUACGCAGUUUACGCGCUUUGUUGAAGGGGACGAUUCUUCGUCUACCGCACGCCGUGGCGCUCCCGAACCCGAACGCAAAGACUUUUGGGAAAGCUUUGGUGCGGCACCCAAGGGACCGGCAAAGGACAAGCAGGACUUUUGGGACGAGUUUGCUAGCGCCGGUGAGGCAAGGACCAGCACGACUAUGGAAAAGAAGAAGCCCAGUGGUAUUGGAACAAGUGCUAUGAAGAAGAGCGGUGGCAGUGGUAGCAUGGGUGGAUCAGCAAAGAAGGAUGAUGAGUGGGACAAGUGGUAGAAGCACGAAUUCGCACGUUGACAUGAGUCCAUGGUGGGAGUUGGUUGAGGUUGUAUAAGGCGUUUGGGUUUCAGAAUACGCAUGUGUUAGGGAGGGGAACUGCUGAGUAACUCAUUGCGCUGGACUCGAAGCGAGUAGAUGGCAAGUAUUGUUAUUUCAUUACAUCACCUGUGUCCCGUGGUCUUGUCUUUGUUGUUUUCACUAGCUGCCCACUGUCACACAUAGUAGACCGUCAUGUUGGUAUGCAUCGAUAGUCUAUGGGUUGAGCCUGUUCAUACACACGAAGCUUAUUUUGUUGCAACCUUGAAAUCUUGAAAGCAUUCUUGCAAAUUUCGUCUUUAUGUAGGAGAGGUUCAAUUCCAACGGAUUCAAC